AACCAACGUCCUAUUUAAUCAGUACCAAAAUAACUCAGUGGGUCUAGAUGUGGCAAAUGGAUUGAGUUGAUGGAUUUCAUGGAUCCAAGUGACAUCUAAACUUUGGAAUAUUAUACAUUUUUGGACUAAUACCACUAGGAAACACGAACUAUCAGGAAAGUGUCAUUUGUAUCUCGAACUAUUCAAUAUGACAUUUAUGUCCUGAACUAUUAUUCUGUUAGUGGCGUUGACUAUUAGUAUUUAACAGAAAAUCCAAUCAGCGUUGACAUGACAUCUUACGUUGAAUUUUAAAUUCAAUAUGUAUUUAAUAAAAUAAUUAAAAUGAAAAAUUGUCGACCUCUUUCCCCUUCCAUCUCCCAUAUCGUCCAAAGCCUUCUUCUCGUCCUCCCUCUUCCACCAACACACGUGGAAGUCUACGAGUCCAGGGAGACGGUCAAAUCCACAAUUUCUAGUGUUUGUCGCCGUCGAAGAGAGGGGUGAGGGACAUAGCCCUCGUGGUUCUGCCGGAGUCAGUUUUAUCAUCAUCGGCGGAUCUAGUGUUGUUGCCGACAGUGGCGGAUCUGUUUUCAUUGGCUCAGCGGAUGCACUCCGCCCUCCCCAUCUCUAGUCACGGUAGGUCCGACCAAUUAAUGGUCGACGGAUUUGCUUGCAAUUGGGUGGAAGAGAUAUGGUCGGCGCUGGCGGAAUACCUUUCCAGUUCUUCAAUUUCAAUCGCCGAUCCGCACAAGAGAGAGAUUGAAGACUACGAAGAGUUUUCCAGGGAGAAGAUCAAGGUUAUUCGAUAUUGCGAGACUCGAAGGUGGAUUGGAAGUGAACUGGAACAUGUGGUGGUGGGGAUGCUCAACAAACUCACUAGCUGAUUCUGGCUUUCUGAUGGUUGGUGAUUUUUUAUUUGGACAUGUAAUCGGGGGAAGCUAGAUCCGCAGGGGGAGAAGCCGAAGAGCAGAGGGAGUAGGAGGCGACAGUGGUGGGAGUUGAGAUUUUCUUGUUUUAUAUUUUAAGUUAAUUUUGAGAAAAAAUAUUAACUAAUUGAAAGAAAAAAUAAUGAUUGAGUUCACAUAUAUUUUUAAUUUGAAAUAUGAGGUGUCAAUGAUGUGGCAUCUACGUGGCUGUCACAUUUUUGCCACGUCAGCAAAAGUCAACAUCAAGUUGAUUAACGUCUGGUCAACUGUUAUCUAUAACGGUCAACAAAAUCAUCAUAACAUAAAUGACACACAACUAUCAUACGUUGGGACAAAAAUGACAUCUUGAAUAGUUCGGGACACAAUUGACACUUUAUUGAUAGUUCGGGUUUCCUGGUGGUAUUAGACCUACAUUUUUUGAAAAGUUUAGAUACUAAAAUAUAAUUUUAAUAGUUUUGGGUAUCAAAUAUAAAUCUUCAAUGAUAUUUUUCAUCAAAGAAUUAAAUUGUAGGUAGGGCUGGGAAAUGGUGCGGUCUUGUCGAUACAGUCUAUGGUCCAGCUUGAGAGGCUGGAGUAUAGACCAGGGACUAGGCCAAGUACCAUAAGGCCCAGACGAGACCGCACCUGCGCGGUCUGGUCAAGUUAGACCACAAUGAAAGAAAAAUGAACAAUUUGUUUAGUCAAUCACACAAAAAUUGAAUCUAUAACAGAGAAAAAAUGUUUUUUGCUUUAAAACAUAAACUCCAAUAUGCAUGACGAAUUUUGACACCCAAAAUAUUAGCAAACAAUAAAAAUACAAAGUCAAAUCGUCCUAAAUUGCACCCUAACGUAACAUAAUGUCAUAUGGAGACACGAUCUUCUCUACUCUCUAGUGCAUGUGGUUGUGAAUGAAAGAAGGGACGAGUUUCUCAAAAUUAGGGUUGAGAUUUGGGUCUCGCUGGGGGAAUCGGGAGAGUGGUUAAGCAGGCUGCUAACAAGUAUUGCUUUCUCGACUGGGUCCACGGUUUGGUCCGGUAAACCGUGGUCUAGAUUAGACCAAGAGAUCAAAACAUCAUAUAAUAUAGACCAUGGACCAGACUAGAUCAUUCUUAGCGGUCUAUGGUCUAGACCAAAUUUUGCCGUCCGGUUUGGUCCAUGUUUUUUCAAACAAUCUGGUCUAUUUUCCUAGCCCUAUUGUAGGUAUAAAUUUGUAUGAAAAAUUAAAAAUAUAGAUACUAAACUCUAAUUUUCCAACAAUCCAUGAAUCCAACCAGGAAUCCAGCAAUCCAAUUAAAUUUGACUUAAAUGGAUUAACUUUGUAGAAUACUUUAGUGUAUGAAUUAGAUGAUAGAAUUGAAACUACCACCUCUCAAGGGUUUUUAGGCCUAGAUCUCGCAAAUAAAACCCUACGAUUUUUACUUAUAGUACGUAUGUCAUAUUACUCAUUUGUUUAUGGAUGCAGGUUUAUAAUCUAAACCCCACGUUAAAGCCAAAUUUCUGAAUUUCCCUUCAUCUUCAACCGAGAAUCGCAUCUGGCGCUGCAAUCGUCGGUCAAUUCCUUUUCGUCCUUCACCCACCGACUCCUACAUCUGCUUCGCCGAUCUUGUCCAUGUUCAGGGACCAAUCGCUUCUUCCAUAUGAAAUCAGAAGGCUUACAUCGCAUCUUCUUUCAUAUGCAAUCGCCACCAUCUCAGACCAGAAUCAACGCUCUCUUCUGAUGGCCAGAACCUGAGUAAGAAUCGACAGAGGAGGAAUCAACACAGCAAAUCCUAAACCUCCGCUAUUGAUUGCCAAAACCCUAACCCAGAACCUCCCAUUGGUGAUUUCCUGCUCUUUCCUCUGUACGACUUCCAUCAUCGAUUACCCUAACAAAGAACCCAUAAUAGAUGAAAAAGGGAGCGAUAGAUGGAGAGCAUAAGGUGGUGGAGACAAUAUAAGGUUUGAUGGGGU